UUGAUGGUUCGAUUUUCAGAAUCUUGCCAACAGCGCCUCUCAACCCUCGAAAGCCCCAAUCCUCAUUUUCAAUUCCACUCUGCUGAAGUGCUGAGCCCAGACCUCCUCGGCACUCUCCUCCGCCAUCCGCCGGAUAGCAGCUGCCGCCGAGACGCCAUACCAGCGGUCGCUUCCUCCCCUUUUCCCUUCCUCAGAGCCGCCGUUGGCCACGCAGCAGCAGCAGCUCGGAGCAGCAUCCGCCGUGUCGUCGGGCCUCAAUGAUGUCCUCAGUGCAGUGUGAAACAGUCAACUUCGCCCUGCACUCUGCCACUCUCUGUCUGCAUCAUCAAGAAUGGAGCAUCUGCGCCUGCCUCAGGUUUGAUUUGGAAGGAACAAUGAUCAGAGUUUUUGACAACAGGAAAAAACCAUUAUCCAAAUGGGUAUUGUUUGCCAAAUUGUACUGUACAAGUGAACCAGUUCAAGAGGUUACAGAUGCAACUAGAAUGGUAUGCAAGACUAUGAUGUCAUGUCCUCCAAUGGCACUGGACACUGCUCUUAAUCAAACUGGUGUUAGAGUUUCACCGGAUUUGGUCCAGAGUGUCCUCAAGAGUUUUGAGAAUGCCGGUAUGUUGUCAUUCCGGUUCUUCGAGUGGGCCGAGAAGCAGAGAAAUUACACACACAACGUCAAGGCAUAUCACUCGAUGAUUGAGUCUUUGGCCAAAAUAAGGCAAUACCAGAUCAUGUGGGAUCUUGUCAAUGCUAUGAGGAAAAAGGGGAUGUUGAAUAUUGAGACUUUCUGUAUCAUCAUGCGAAAGUAUGCCCGAGCUCAGAAGGUAGAUGAGGCCAUUUAUACGUUUAAUGUCAUGGAAAAAUAUGACAUAUCUCCAAAUCUUGCUGCAUUUAACGGUUUACUAAGUGCAUUGUGCAAGUCCAAGAAUGUGAGAAAGGCUCAGGAGAUCUUUGACUCUAUGAAGGAUCGCUUUGUCCCGGACUCAAAAACUUAUAGCAUAUUGCUUGAUGGAUGGGGAAGGGCCCCGAGUCUUCCGAAAGCAAGAGAGGUUUUUAGAGAGAUGGUUUGCAUGGGAUGUGAUCCGGAUAUUGUCACAUAUGGAAUAAUGGUUGACAUUCUUUGCAAAGCUGGAAGAGUUGAUGAAGCUGUAGAGGUAGUAAAGGAAAUGGAUGCUAACAAUUGCGGGGCAACUCCUUUUAUUUAUAGUGUCCUGGUCCACACAUAUGGGGUGGAAAAUCGAAUUGAAGAUGCUAUCAACACAUUCAUAGAGAUGGAAAGCAAGGGGAUCAAGCCAGAUGUUGUGGUGUAUAAUGCAUUGAUUGGUGCUUUCUGUAAAGCAAACAAAUUCAAAAAUGUUCAUCGAGUUUUGCAAGAGAUGGAAUCCAAUGGUGUUGAUCCUAAUUCAAGGACCUGCAAUGUUAUCAUAAGCGGUUUGAUAAGCCAGGGAGAGACUGAUAGAGCUUUUAGGGUCUUCCGCCGGAUGGUUAAGUCUUGCGAACCGGAUGCUGAUACCUAUACAAUGUUGAUAAAAAUGUUUUGCGAGAGAAAUGAACUAGAGAUGGCUAUGAAAAUAUGGAAGUAUAUGAAGUCAAAACGGUUUGUCCCAAGUUUGCACACCUAUUCAGUCCUCAUCAAUGGGUUGUGCCAAAAGGGCAAUGCUAUGAAAGCAUGUGUUUUGAUGGAAGAGAUGAUAGAAAAUGGAAUUCGACCAUCUGGUUCAACAUUUGCCAAGUUAAGACAGUUACUUAUAAAGGAAGGGCGAGAGGAUGUGCUAAAAUUUCUUCAUGAGAAAGUUGAUCUUCUUGUCAAGGAGCCUUUAUUUGAUUAGGCUUUAGCUAAUCUUACAUACUUUACAUUGUAGUGAGCCUUUAUUUAAUCAGUGUAGCUUAUAAAGUUAUAACUAUCAUUGCUGGUAAAUAAGUAAAGGGCCUUAGAGCUUUAUGUUCAAUUAUAGAGGCUUAAAUAUGGUUUGAGAUGAUAAAUAUGGCUUAAAUAAAGGGAUUUGGUAAAAUUCAAACUUUAGAGAAUCCAAAUCUUAAAUAAAGAGGGAUAAAGAUAAA